AGCAGAAACAAGGUGGAGAGGCAAUUGAGCGCUGGCGAGUAACGGAAUUGUUUCACGUAAUUUUCUACCUAGCGCGUCUUUUGCUGUAGAGAGGGCACAGUCCCCCUCAUAACCACUAUGCCUAUGAUACAGGCCAAAAGAGGACAGUAGUAGGAGUGUUAGUUCACAGGUUAUUGCGGACAGGCCAGGGCAGGCCGCCUGGGUUACUCAGAGCCUUUACAGUGAAAUGAAUUCAUGAAUUCGUAGCGGAAGAAGCAGCCCGUCACUGGGGCUCGGUAAAACUGUAUAGAGAGUGAGAAUGCUGGCCGCGCUUUGCUGCCGGGAGUUUUCAGGCCGCUGAUCAUGGCGACAGUAUUAGCGCUACAUAUCAUAUGGCUUGGCGGUUUGGCCAGCGUCGCGCUGGGGGCCGAGUGCUGGCGCUCAUACCCGCAGUCGGGCCCCAACGCCUACCCUGACUGCCGCAUCCUGAGCCCCGAGGUCGCGCUGCACUGGCGCGACGAGGGCGAGGGCAUCACCUUUGCAAUGGAGGUGGACGGGAGAUACAGCUGGCUGGGCGUGGGCAUCUCCGAGGCGGGCGGCAUGCUGGCCGCCGACAUGGCCGUGGUGCGCCUCAACGCCAGCAGCGGCGCCUGGGCCGCAGGCGACUACUGGAGCACCGGCUUCGAGCGCCCGCGCCUGGACGUCAGCCCGCAGCUGGCGGCGGACGUGCGGGCCGCGGAGGGCGGGGCGGCGGGCGGCAGUAGCAGUGGCAGUAGCAGUGCAGGCAGUGGCGGGGGUCGGGCGGCGGGUCAGGACGUGGUGCUGCUAUCCGCGGGGCACCUGCAGGUCGGCGUGGCGGCAGGCGGCAGCGACACCAACACCAACACCACCGUGACCAACGUGACCAACGUGGCCACCACCACCACCACCACUAUGACCACGGCAGAGUUCUGGCGGCCCCUGGACACGUGCGACCCGCUGCAGGACAUGAGGAUCCUGCGCGGCACCACCGCCUACGUCAUCUUUGCGUACGGCACCGCCUGGGCGCAACACGACCCCGACCACCGCGGCACUGCCCAGCUGGUGCUGGUGCCGCUGCUGCUGCCGGGGGAUAGCGACGGCGCAGGCGGCGGGCAGCAGCAGGGGCUGGUGGCACAGCGGGCAGCGGCCGACAACGCGUCGCCCGGCCCAGCUCCCGCCCCCGGCCCCGAAAGCACCGCCGCCGCCACCACCAUCACUGCCACUAGCGGCACUGACAGCAGCAGCGGCAGUAGCAGCAACAGCAGCAGCAGCAGCGGCAGUAGCAGCAACAGCAGCAGCAGCGGCAGUGGCACCUGGGAGGUGCGCAUGCAGGGGCUGGAGGUGCCGCCAGUGCCCACCAGCUACCUGUGCCGACACUUCCAAGUGCCCAACCCGGACGUGAAGGCGCACGUGACGCACUGGGAGGUGCUGGUGGACGCGGCCGUGUCGCGGCACGUGCACCACAUGAUCAUCUACGCCUGCAGCCCCGCGCCCAGCCCGCCGCGACAGCUGUACAGCUGCAGCGGCAUGGACGCCAACUGCCAGGCCUUCUACCUGCUGUGGGCCCCCGGCAGCACGGGGGGUGAGGCGCCGCCCGAGGCGGGCUACGCACUGGGCGGCGACAGCGGAGUGACCUGGGUGGCGCUGCAGGUGCACUACACCAACCCCGACCAGGUGUCGGGGCUGGUGGACAGCAGCGGCUUCCGGCUGCACACCGUGUGGGGCGGCGGCCCCGGCGGCCUGCGCCCCCACGACAUGGGCGUGCUGGCGCUGGGCUCCGUCACCUUCGCGCUGCCGCCCCGCACACCCGACUACAGCGCGCCGCCCAACCUGUGCCCCGCCGCCUGCACGGCGCGGCUGCCGGGGCCGCUGACGCUCAUCUGGAGCGGCUUCCACAUGCACACGCUGGGCAAGAGGAUGAGCACACGGUGGUUCCGUGACGGCAAGGAGUUGGCGCCGCUGGGGGAGCGCCGCCAGUACUCAUUCGACUACCAGGGCGCCUCCUACACCGACGCCGCCUCCAACCAGCUGCUGCCCGGCGACGAGCUGCUCACCUCGUGCAGCUGGGACAGCAGCGGCCGACCCAACGUCACCACAUUCGGCGAGGCCACCAGCGAUGAGAUGUGCUUCAACUUCGUGUCGUACUACCCCCGUGUGCCCGAGAUUGAGCUGUGCAGCACCGUCCUCACAGCCCCGACCGCGCCGCCGCCGCCACCCGCCGGCCGCUCCCUGCCACCUCCCUCCCCCGCCCCGCCCCGCUCCUCCCCCUCCCCCUCCCCCUCCCCCUCCUCCUCCGCCUUGAGCUCCCUCCUGGGCGGCCUGGGCUCGGCGCCCACCGCCAGCUGCACCACCGUCAACCGCCUGCGCGAGCUGACCAGUGCGCUGACGGCGCUAAGGCGCGGGCGCACCUCCCUUCUGGCCGUGGCACUGCUGGUAGCCUCCAUGCAAGCCAAGGGCGAGCUCACAGACGCCACGCCCCGGACCUACGCGCCCUACAACCCCACCUGCAAGCCCGCCACAUUCCCGCGGGACACCGCUGCAGUGACAGGGCCCGCGGCCAGCCCCGCACACACCCCAGCGCCACCGGCGCCCCUGGUGCUGCUCCCGGUCAUUGACGACAGCGAUCAAGGCGGUGUCGGCGGCGGCGGCGGCGGCGCCAGCAGCCCCGGCGCUGCCGCAGCCCCAACGCACACUGCAAGCCCGGAGCUGGCGGCGGGCGGCGGUGGCGGCUCCGUCUAUCCUAACGGGACCGCCAAUGUCGGUGGUUCUGACCCUCCGCCACCGUCACGGCGCAGCGCGCCACCGCCGCCGCGGAAGCGCGUGGCUGCGGCGCCGCCGCCGCGACAGGCCGGCGGGCUGGUGGUGGCAUCAGGCGCCGGCGCCGGGGCUGCUAGUGGCGGUGGUGGCGGCGGCGCCGCCACGUCAGCGGCUCAUGCGGCGCCGCCGCCAUCGCGCCGCGGCCGCAGCCGGCGGCUGGAUAGCGCCGGCCGCGGUUAAAGGGCGGCGGGCGGGGUGGCGAGGGGGCAGUCGUGUGAUGGGGCGCGGUGUGCUGCUACGGGCGGUUGCGACAUUUUACACACCGUACACACCGGCUUUACGCCACAUGCUUCACGUUAAUUGAUCGGAAGGGUGGGCUUUGACCAGACCUGGGUCCAGGGGCAAGGGUGUCGGGCGCACAUGGCUACUGGCAUGCCGUGCUUACCGGAGGGUGGGAAAUUUACCUAGGGCGGGCCUCCGUGCCGAUGGCGCGGGCUCGCCAGGCAUCUGCCAUCCCCCGGCGCAAUGGAAUGCGUUGGUGGCAUAAAGAACGAAGAAAACACCGUGGCGCGUGUGAGACUCUGACGGGCAGCGGGCGGUUGCAUGGUGCUAUUGUGGUGAAUCGGGCAAGGACGUGGCUUAUGUGUCGUAACGGAACAAAUGAUCGCAUGUAUUUGUCAUCUGCAGCAGGCAUGCAACGCGUUGUGUGACCAUGAAUUUGACACGUCGGGGACUCUUGAAGGAUUCUUCCAUCCGUUUAAGGCUCAAGAGCGAGCUGCUGUGGACCCAUGCUUGGACCUGAUUGAUUGUGUUUGACGAGUGACGGGAAGAAAGGUCUGCCUGAGCGCAUGGCAGGCGCCCAGGCAGUGUGGGGGCCGUACACAGCUGGCGGCAUGCUGGGCGUCGGUUACAAUGAUACACAUCUGCAGUGGCCUAUGCUAUUGCUCAAUUCCAACCGCACGCAGCCGUAUUGAGAACACACCCCCGACAUGAUGGGCUACUGGGUUGCUUUGCGGGAGCGGGGAGUAAGUCGGAUGGACGAUGCGAUUAUGUUGUGGCGUGAGGAUUUGGUGGCUACCGGUAUUGAUGAUCAUGGCGUGCUUUCUCUUCAUUCUGCAACAGUGGCGGCUGUUGGCAGCUGGGCAGCGCCUGGCUCAGGCGGACGGUGGCAUCGAGCAUACGUGCAGGGCUGGUCAGGGCAUCGCUUCGCUGGUCAAGACAUCAGUCACGCGGCAUAUGAUUGCCACUGCUACGUGCACCUGUGACACGAAAGGACCUGUGGAUGGCACUUGGCCUCCACUAGCGCGGCACCACAUGACGCACGCAAGACCUGCCGCAUAUGUUGUGUCAGUGUGUCACUUGCCUUCAGGUGCAGUAAAACAAUACAGUCGUGGUAGCCGGCGCGCGCAACUUGACGGGCACAAUACUUGUGCGGCAGCGGCGUUGUGUCAAGCAUACAUGCCCUGGCGGAUUGGGUGGUGAGCGGUCUCACUGCGUGUCACUGGGUCUCCGUGUGUGUGUGACGUAGUGCCGAAUCCAUUUGCACCCUAGUUUCUCGUGUAUGGAGAUUCCAGUACAUCUAGCUGGUGGUCCGUGCAGGUUGUCCCAGCAGCGCGGCAGACUGAAGGGCUGCGGGUAGGGUGUGGAGUGUGAACAUUCAUAGCAUGCGGGCGACCCCUCCCCUGUACAUCACCAUCCACCCGUCUGUCGCCGCGUCUGUCACUUGGGGCGGUUUGGAACGUCCAGGUGUAAGCCUGCUGGCCU